UCUAGGGAUGUAAAGAAAAGGGAGUAUAUCUAAAAUACAUGUAGCUUGGUAUUGAACAUGCUCCACUGUUUAAGCCAGAAGAUCUGCAUAGUGCAAGAAACAUGUCUGCUGUAAUCCAUACUAUCUUGACACUGGCAGAAUAUUCACAGCAAACUCCUUUGACAAAAGAAAAGGAGGUGCAAGGUCUAUCACUUGAAGGAGAACCUGUGUCAGAAAAACCGACAAAACCAAAAAAGCAGCUUUACUUGAAUACGUCCAAGGCAAAACAUGACUCGAGCAUAAGACCACCUAAAUCACCACUGAGAUUAAGGGGAUCAGGCUCAAUGCGAUCUUCCAAACAACCUCAUACACUACCUAAAAGACGACCUUCUAUGCCUGCUCUUUCUGGUUCAAUUGAAUUAGAAUCAUGUCAACUUCAGAGGUCUACUUCUAUAUCCUCCUCUUCAUCAUCAUCUAUACUUUCUACUAUAUCUUCUACAUGUUCUUCUAUCGUACCAAAGACACCAUUAACACCACACAUACCUAUUUCAACAGAAAAAGACGCUCUUCGACGCAAACAAAGUGUUUUUGUAGAAGAAGAUGAGCCUUCUAAACCAACAAAACAAGUAAAAAAUACAGAUGGGAAGAAAAUCACUUUAAGAGAUGAUGAGGAUGGCAAGUUUAUCACCCACUAUGUAUGUAAGCAUGCUAUCCUCCAUCAUACUAACUGGUAGAAAGCAAUUGGGGAACUGUAUAGGAAGAGGGCAAUUUGGUUCUGUCUAUAGAGCGCUUGAUUUAUCUUCAGGGGAAAUUGUUGCUGUCAAAAGCAUAAAGCUAGAAGAUGAAUCGCUUUAUGCUGAAAUUAUGAAAGAAGUCAAUAUCCUCAAGACGCUCUCUCAUGCCAAUGUGAUAAAAUACAUUGGGUUUAUUUCUACUGAACAAUAUCUCAACAUCGUACUUGAGUAUGCAGAGAAUGGGUC